AGCAGGAAAGGGCGGGCCGAGGCCGCCGCCCGCAGCCGCCCCGGCGUCCGACGCAGGCCGGCGCCGCGCGAGGGGCGGCAUGAGCGCGCGGCCGGGCCGGUGACCCCCGCGGCGAUGGACUGCGGCUUCGUGGCGGGCCGCCGCCGGCUUCUGCUCUUCCUGCCUCCCGGCCGCUGCGGGAGCCCCGGCAGCCGCGGCGUCCCGGCGCGCCACUGCCUGUCCGCGCUGCCCGGGACUUCAGGGGCGCUACGGCCCCGCGCCCCCGCGGCCGGCGGCGGCGCGUCACGUGCCUCCCCGCUGCUCCUCCUCCUGCUCGUGCCCUCCCCGCGCCUGGCCGCCGCCGCCUCCCCGCGCCGGCCCCUCGCGGACCCGGAGCGCUCGCGCGCGGGGCCCUGCGUCCCCCCGGCCGGCCGCGGCGGCGCCGGGAGGUGCCUGCGGGGCCUCGCCCCGGGCGUCGCUUCGGCCGCGGGCGCCCUCCGCCUGUGCCACAGCCGAGUGGCCGCCCUCGCUUCCUCCCGGAGAGAGCUAAGCCUCUCUGCUGGGAGCCUGCAGCUGGAGCGCCGGAGAGAUGUGGAGCAGAAAAGGGGGGACUUCGCCUCUUGCGGGAACAGGAAGCUCUACUUCGACACCCAUGCCUUAGUGUGCUUACUCGAAGAAAAUGGGUUUACCACGCAGCAAGCCGAAAUCACCGUCUCUGCAUUGGUCAAGAUCACGGACACCAACAUGGAUAUCGUCUAUAAGGAUAUGGUCACGAAGAUGCAGCAGGAGAUCACUGUUCAGCAACUAAUGUCUCAGAUUGCCAAUGUGAAAAAAGAUAUGAUUAUCUUGGAGAAGAGUGAAUUUUCAGCCCUCAGAGCCGAAAAUGAGAAAAUAAACCUCGAGCUACAUCGGUUAAAACAACAAAUAAUGGAUGAAGUGGUCAAAGUCCGAACAGAUACCAAAUUAGAGUUCAAUCUAGAAAAGAGCAGAGUGAAGGAAUUGUAUUCGUUGAAUGAAAGGAAGCUGCUGGAGAUGAGGACAGAAAUGGUGGCGUUGCAUGCCCAGCAAGAUCGGGCUGUCACCCAGACCGACCGGAAGAUAGACACUGAGGUCGCCGGCCUCAAAACCAUGCUGGAGUCGCACAAGCUUGACAACAUUAAAUAUUUAGCAGGAAACAGGAUUUUGAUUUCGGGGCUGCCCUUGCUCCUUCAGCCGGUUUUCCAGCUUCAUCUCUAACAGGACCAAAUCCCGGCGUAUUCACUUUUUCCCUGAAGUAUGCCAAGUACCUCAGUGGAGAAGUCAAGUUCAAGAAGAAAGGCUUGACUCAAACCAGACAUCUUGCUGGAAUUUGUCUCGGAACACUAAAAAUAAACACCCCGAGCCACAGCGGCCAUGUCCCUGCCUGGGCUGUCCCCGGCUCAGCCCGUGCCCUUCCCUUUGUCGCCGCGCUCAGGAUGGGAGCUGCGCCCCUGUGCCCCGGCCUCCCCCAUCCCUGCCUCUGUUAACCAUGUCUGCACGGGCCCAGCAUUUCUCUUCCGCCCCACUGUGCUCUGUCCAAACUGCUGCCGUCCUUUCUGAACAAAUCUAGAACUCCUGCCGAGGAAACCACGACUUUUAAAAUACGUUUAUCAGAUUUGUGGCUUUUCCAACACCAAAGCAAGACAAUGUUAAGCAGAAACUAUUCCGUAUUCUCUGUAUUUGAGGAUGUUCAGCCUUUCGUUGAGCUUUUAUUUUGAAAAUACCUGUCCUGCUGCAGAUUUACACUCAUGUUCCUUUGAUUAGAACCCAAAUCAUUUGUUAACCUUUUCAUUAUUUAAGCAGACGUUCGAUUACAUUUUAUUAUAGAGUGGGUAUAAGGUUUUUAUGGUCUAAAAUAAAAUAUGUGAUUGUU